CAAUUAGUUUUGUUUUCAUUCAACUUGGACAACAGUGUUGUUACUGAUCUCGAUCUCAGUAUUUCGGUGAUGAAUUCGACUAUUUUCUCGCGAUUAUUCUACCAACAAGUUCGGAACUAUACCUACAAACCAGUGAAAAGAGUGUCCCUGCCUCCUGCCAGCACACUGCCCCACAAACCUGACCCCAAGGUAUAUUCAUCGCUUCGACAUGAUCUCAAAUCGCGGAUCCUGGCAACAGGCCCAAUUCCGGUGGCGGCUUACAUGAAACAGGUCCUCACCAAUCCGUCCGCGGGCUACUACAUGACUAGUGGUGACGUUUUCGGGAGCAAAGGAGAUUUCAUCACUUCGCCGGAAAUCGGACAAAUUUUUGGAGAGAUGAUUGCCGCGUGGUGUGUGAAUGAAUGGUCCAAGUUCGGUCGACCGGCACCGUUUCAGUUAGUUGAAUUGGGACCCGGCAAGGGAACCAUGAUGCGGGAUGUGCUGCGAGUAUUUGAUCAGCUAAACGUUAGUCGAGGGCUGGCUGUGCAGAUGGUCGAGAUGAGUGAGCAUUUGAGCCAGGUUCAAGCGGAUCUUUUGUGUAAAAGCAGUACGGUGUUUACGGACAAGCCUUAUUACCGAUCUGGCGUCACGGCAAACGGCACAAGGAUCUAUUGGUAUCGGCAGUUGGAUGAUGUUCCUGACGGAUUUGCAAUCGUUCUAGCACACGAGUUCUUCGAUGCGCUACCUAUUCAUAAAUUUAUAAAGCAAAAUAAUGUAUGGAAGGAAGUGCUGAUUGAUGUUGAACCUAAAAGCGAUAAUAAGUUCAGAUUUAUUGUAUCCAAGUCGGAAACGCCGAUGUUAAGAUUGUUCUUGAACAACUAUGCAGAUUUGGUCGAAGAAAGAACUCACAUAGAAGUUUCUUUUGAUACAGAGGCGAUCAUUCGGCAAAUUGGUACCCGAUUUGAGGCCAAUGGUGGAUUUGGUCUCGUGGUAGAUUAUGGUCAUCUGGGAGACAAAGGAGAUACAUUUCGGGCAUUUAAAAAUCACAAAUUGCACGACCCAUUGGUGGAGCCGGGAAGUGCUGAUCUAACAGCGGAUGUAGAUUUCAGGCUGCUGAAUCGGUUUUGUGAGGAUACGGCACAAAUUACAACCAUUGGACCGACCAGCCAGAGGGAAUUUUUGGAGGCAGCUGGGGCACAGGAACGACUGAAUAUUUUGGUGAGUAGUAAUACCAUUAGCGAGGAAGAUAGAGGACGGCUAUCUGAUGGGCUAAAAAUGUUGAUCGAUCCGGAGCAGAUGGGAGAAAGAUUCAAGUUUUUUGGGCUUUACCCGAAAGCGUUGGAAAGUUUUAUCAAGCAGCAGUCAUAAAAUAAGUUAAAAAUAAAAGGCUUACCAAGAUUUUGGAAA